AUGGAUGAUCUGAAAAUGGUAGAAGGGGUGACUGAUGAUACAACAGCGAUAAUUUUGUGUGUUAAGGAAACUUUAGAGAGGGCACCAACCGAAGAGUUCAAGGAAGAACCGGUAAUAGACGAUUGGGAAAAGCUGACAAAAUAUUUAAGUACGAGCAUUGGUUACUCAGAAAGAGAAAAUCUCAAAGUAAUGUAUUUGAAUAAAGGGUAUCGUUUAGUAGAAAAAGAGACUUAUACUGGUACAGCUGAUCAUAUACCUUUUUAUAUAACAGAAAUAAGAAGAAAAGCAGUACUUGCAAGAGCAACAUCAAUUAUAAUAUCUCAUAACCAACCUGGCGGAACUGUAAAGCCAUCAGAACGUGAUAAAGCUAUGACUAAAAAAUUAGCUUCAGCUUGUGCAACCAUAAGUAUAAAGUUAGUAGAUCACAUUAUUGUUGAAUAG